AUGGAAUCUGGGGAAAGCAACAAUGGUAACCAGCGGUGUAUCAUAACCAAGGAUUCUUCAUGGUUCAGUCAGUUCCGAAAUGCAUCCAAUCCUUGGAUGGCAAGAUAUGCCUAUGCCUUGAUUUUUCUGGUGGCCAACCUCUUGGCAUGGGCUGCUCGUGACUAUGGCCAUGGUGCUUUAACAGAAAUGGAGAGAUUAAAAGGAUGCAAUGGUGGAAAAGACUGUUUGGGCGCCGAAGGCGUUUUGCGUGUGAGCUUGGGUUGCUUUAUUUUUUAUAUCAUAAUGUUUUUGUCAACUGCUGGCACUUCUAAACUGAACCAAAUGAAAGACAGAUGGCACUCUGGAUGGUGGUUAGUCAAGAUUCCUUUCUGGGUUGUCAUGACUGUCAUACCAUUUUUUCUACCUUCUGGCUUUAUUCAAGUUUAUGGUGAGGUAGCGCAUUUUGGUGCCGGGGUUUUUCUCCUAAUUCAACUAAUAAGCAUAAUCAGCUUCAUCACCUGGCUCAAUGAUUGCUGUGCUUCUGAAAAAUACGCAGCACGUUGCCAAAUUCAUGUGAUGUUGUUUGCAACGACUGCAUACGUUGUCUGUUUGGUGGGGAUUAUUUUGAUGUACAUUUGGUAUGCACCUGAGCCUUCUUGCCUUCUCAACAUUUUCUUCAUUACUUGGACACUAGUACUUGUCCAACUCAUGACCAGCGCGUCUCUGCACCCGAAAGUUAAUGCUGGCAUUCUAACUCCAAGCCUGAUGGGGCUUUACGUCGUCUUUCUUUGCUGGUGCGCUAUUCGAAGCGAACCUGCUGGAGAAAACUGCAUCAGGAAGUCAGACUCUGCAACCAAAACAGACUGGCUAAGCAUCAUUAGUUUUGUUGUAGCAAUACUUGCAAUUGUUAUCGCGACAUUUUCAACAGGCAUAGAUUCCAAAUGCUUCCAGUUCCGGAAAGACGAUACACCAGCAGAGGAUGACGUACCAUAUGGUUAUGGCUUCUUCCAUUUUGUUUUUGCCACGGGAGCAAUGUAUUUCGCUAUGCUAUUGGUUGGAUGGAACAGUCAUCAUUCUAUGAGAAAAUGGACAAUUGAUGUGGGCUGGACCAGCACUUGGGUCAGAAUAGUAAAUGAAUGGCUGGCAGUUUGUGUUUAUUUAUGGAUGCUGGCAGCUCCAAUGAUAUGGAAGUGCAGACAUGCUGGUUCUACCGGAGAAAGCUGA